CUGAAUUAACAGCAGCCGACUUGAACACUUCCUUAAACACCAACGAGGAUCUAGAAGUCGAACCUCCGGGAAAAACCAGACCCGGUACAAACUCGCCACCAACAACACACUUUCCAAGCUCGGCGGAAGAGGAGGCUUAGGUGAGCAGUCACCAUGGCACCCUUCCUGCGUAUCUCCUUCAAUGCUUAUGACGUGGGCGUGCUGCCCCCUCUUUCUGACCCUCCCAUCUGUGCCGUCAAGAUGAAGGAGUCUGUCAACACAGAGCGUGGAAAGACCUUGGUCCAGAGAAAGCCCACCAUGUAUCCAGCCUGGAAGUCCACUUUUGAUGCUCACAUCUAUGAGGGGCGUGUCCUAGAAGUGGUCCUCAUGCAGAGCACCGAGGAACCAUUGGCCAAGGCCACGGUGGGCGUGUCUGUGCUGGCAGAACGCUGUAAGAAGUCCAAGACCAACAGUCGCGCUGAGUUCUGGUUAGACCUGCAUCCGUCAGGGAAGGUCCAGAUGGUGGUACAGUUCUUCCUGGAGGACAGUGAUGCAGCGGCGUGUAAGUCAUCAGUCAAGGUUCCUCCUGAAGAUGGAGUCAUGACACUCAACAGGAGGAGAGGAGCUUUCAAGCAGCCAAAGGUUCACAUCAUCAAGAACCACGAGUUCACAGCUACCUUCUUUGGCCAACCCACCUUCUGCUCCGUCUGCAGAGAGUUCCUGUGGGGGCUCAACAAGCAAGGUUACAAGUGUAGACAAUGCAAUGCAGCAAUCCACAAGAAAUGCAUCGAAAUCAUCAUUGGCAGGUGCACUGGGACAGCGACCAACAGUCGUGAAACUGUGUUCCAGAAAGAGCGCUUCAAGAUUGAUAUGCCUCAUCGCUUCAAGUACUACAACUACAAGAGCCCCACAUUCUGCGACCACUGUGGCAGUCUGCUGUGGGGUCUCUACAGACAGGGUCUUAAAUGUGAAGACUGUGGCAUGAACGUACAUAGUUACUGUCAGGAGAAAGUGGCCAAUCUGUGUGGAAUCAACCAGAAACUACUGGCUGAGGCUCUGUCUCAGAUCUCUCAGAAAUCUAUGAAGAAGUCUGAAGAUCCCAAUGCAGCAGAUAUUGGGGUCUACCAAGACAUCCGUAGUGCAACAGCAGACCCUAGUGCAGAUGGCAAUGGCAAACUACCUGAGGGCUUGAGCCCAACCCCAGCCGCACCUACAGUUCCCCGGAUACGCCUCACCAUCAACCACCUGGUAUUCCACAAGGUGCUGGGAAAAGGCAGCUUUGGCAAGGUUCUGCUGGCGGAGCUGAAGGGGCAGGGACAGUACUUUGCUGUGAAGGUUCUGAAGAAGGAUGUAGUCCUCAUGGAUGAUGAUGUGGAGUGUACCAUGGUGGAGAAGAGAGUCCUGGCCCUUGCCUGGGAGAACCCAUUCCUCACACACCUCUACUCCACAUUCCAGUCUAAAGAGCACCUCUUCUUUGUAAUGGAGUACCUGAACGGAGGUGACUUGAUGUUCCACAUCCAAGACAAAGGCCGCUUCGAUCUCAACAGAGCCACGUUCUAUGCUGCUGAGAUAAUUGUUGGACUGCAGUUCCUCCACUCAAAAGGAAUUAUCUAUAGAGAUCUGAAACUGGACAAUGUGAUGCUGGACAAGGAUGGACACAUAAAGAUUGCGGACUUUGGAAUGUGUAAAGAGAGUGUUUUUGGAGAUGUCAGAGCCACCACGUUUUGUGGGACACCAGACUAUAUCGCACCAGAGAUCCUACUUGGACAGAAGUACACCUUCUCUGUAGACUGGUGGUCUUUCGGCGUGCUGGUGUACGAGAUGCUGAUUGGUCAGUCACCUUUCCAAGGUGACGAUGAGGAUGAGCUGUUUGAGUCCAUCAGGUCGGACACCCCUCACUACCCUAGGUGGAUCACCAAGGAGGCCAAGAGCCUGCUUGAGCUGUUGUUUGAGCGAGAUCCCAGUCGCAGGCUGGGUGUGGUGGGAGACAUCCGUGCACAUGCGUUCUUUAAAACCAUCAACUGGCCAGCACUGGAGAAGAGAGCAGCGGAUCCUCCUUUCAAGCCCAAAGUGAAAUCCCCCAGUGACUGCAGCAACUUUGACCGAGAGUUCCUGAGCGAGAAGCCACGGCUCUCCCACGCGGACAAGAACCUCAUCGACUCCAUGGACCAGGCAGCAUUCGCUGGCUUUUCCUUCGUCAAUCCCAAACUGGAACACAUGAUAAGCAAAUGAAAAAGAAAUGGCUCCCCUGGGAACAUGGUCUUUGCCCAGCACUUCGAAAUAGUCUCUUGUAUCUUCAUAUGGUCAUCUGGAUGGAUAACAAGACCAUAAAAAGAUUUGGGCUUGACCAUGACUUCUUUAGUUCCUCUAUCAGAGGAUGAGAUAAAAAUGAAAUCAGGAGGUUUGCUGGUAUCUAAAGCAAUAAUCCUGUUUUAGCUGUCAAACUGUAAAGGUGUAUAAAAUAAUAUAAAGCUCCAGGAAAUUAAGGGAGAUUUUGAAGAAACGAUACCCUAAUCAAUGCAGGGGGGGCAUAGUCAAUUAUGCAUUCUGUCUUUUCUUACUUUUCUGUCAUUUUGUCCUUGUGAUUAUACUUUGAGUCUGAACGAAUCAUCAAAUGUACUGUAUCUGAAAUUUUUAACUCACAGGCACAAGCAUGGCACCCUUAUGUAGUUAUAUUAAUAUAUACAUCUGGCAUUGCACAUGCAAGUCAAGAGAGUUCAGUGGUCCAUAGUGUGUUCGCUCUCACCCUGUGUGCUUUGCCAACUGUAUGCCUCCUAUUACACUCCACCUGUGUGUGUUUGUGCAUGUAAGUGUGAGGGUGCAUGCAGGUUUAUUUUUGUUUGUUUUUUUUAAGCUUCAAAUGGUGCUACUGUAGUCGGAAACAUUGAACGAAUCCUCAGUUGAUUCCUGAUUUUAUUAUGCCUUUAUCUAGCAGACAGGUACAGGCAUAAUAGAGAGAGUUGUACUUUAAAGUUGAGGGAAAUUAAAAUCCCUCUGAAUUGAAAUAAUGUUAUUGUGGAACUGAAUAGUUUCCACCCUCACUGCUCUAAGCACACCCCAGUCUUACAUAACUUCAAGUGUUGGUUUUUUUAAUUUAACACAGGAUUUCUCCACGGUAGUCUACUAGUCUUUUUUGUGCCAAGGGUGUCAAAUGUCUUGUUGUGCAUCAAACUAAAGCAUAGUGCAAACAAUCAUCCAUAAUAUUAAUUUUCUGGGCCAUCAUCAGACCUACUGGAAAGUUGCAACAAUGGUACAUCUGUAUGUGUUGAAGCAUGUGUCAUUUUGUGUGGGAGGGAUGGGCAUUUCACUGUAAGAAUAGGGUCUUAUAUGUGUUAUAUUACUUGAAUGUAGGAAUUCUAACGUGAAAAUAAUAGUGCUGUACAUUGAAAAUGAAUAUGUAUGUUACCAUGAGCUGUCUGUGAGUAAUGGGUGUACUUUUUUACUCGUCUUUUACAUCUGAUUAUAAAUAAAUAUAUUGUACAUUCUAAAUCCA